CUCUCGACACUCGAGCCCCGCCGGCGCCUCCCGCUCGCGGCUCCUGGCUCCUCCGCCUCCCCUCCCCUCGGCUCCGCCGCCCGCGGAGGAGGCCCCACUCCCAGGUCGGACGCCUGGGUCAGCCGGUAGAGCGAUGAGAGAAAUGCUGCCCCCACCUCCUUAGGCCCCAAGGAUCAGAAGCUAUGGGGCCUGGGGCCCUGUCAUCUCUACUGCUGCUGUUGCUGCUCUUGGUAGCAGCCGGAGAUGCUGACAUGAAGGGGCAUUUUGACCCUGCCAAGUGCCGCUAUGCCCUGGGCAUGCAGGACCGUACCAUCCCAGACAGUGACAUCUCUGCCUCUAGCUCCUGGUCAGACUCCACUGCUGCCCGCCAUAGCAGGCUGGAGAGUAGUGAUGGGGAUGGGGCAUGGUGCCCAGCAUUGCCGGUGUUUCCCAAGGAGGAGGAGUACCUGCAGGUGGAUCUGCGGCGCCUGCACCUGGUGGCUCUGGUGGGCACUCAGGGACGACAUGCUGGGGGCCUGGGCAAGGAGUUCUCCCCCAGCUACCGGCUGCGUUACUCCCGGGAUGGCCACCGCUGGAUGGACUGGAGGGACCGCUGGGGUCAGGAGGUGAUCUCAGGGAACGAAGACCCUGGGGGAGUGGUGCUGAAGGACCUUGGCCCCCCUAUGGUAGCCCGACUGGUUCGCUUCUACCCUCGCGCUGACCGGGUCAUGAGUGUCUGCCUGAGGGUAGAGCUCUACGGCUGCCUUUGGAGUGAUGGACUCCUGUCUUACACAGCCCCUGUGGGGCAGACCAUGUACCUCUCUGAGGCCGUGCACCUCAACGAUUCCACCUAUGAUGGACACACUGUUGGCGGGCUGCAGUAUGGAGGUCUGGGCCAGCUGGCAGACGGUGUGGUGGGGCUGGAUGACUUUAGGAAGAGCCAGGAACUACGCGUCUGGCCGGGAUAUGACUAUGUGGGAUGGAGCAACCACAGCUUCCCCAGUGGUUUUGUGGAGAUGGAGUUUGAAUUUGACAGGCUGAGGGCCUUCCAGGCCAUGCAGGUCCACUGCAACAACAUGCACACUCUGGGAGCCCGCCUGCCUGGCGGGGUGGAAUGUCGCUUCAAGCGGGGCCCUGCCAUGGCCUGGGAGGGGGAGCCUAUGCGCCAUGCCCUCGGGGGAAGCCUGGGGGACCCCAGAGCUCGGGCUGUCUCAGUGCCCCUGGGGGGCCGUGUGGCCCGCUUUCUGCAGUGCCGUUUCCUCUUUGCGGGGCCUUGGCUACUCUUCAGUGAGAUCGCCUUUAUUUCUGAUGUUGUGAAUGACUCAUCUCCAGCUCUGGGGGGCACCUUCCCACCAGCUCCCUGGUGGCCAGCAGGCCCACCUCCCACCAACUUCAGCAGCUUGGAUAUGGAGCCCAGGGGGCAGCAGCCUGUGGCCAAAGCUGAGGGGAGCCCUACUGCCAUCCUCAUUGGCUGCCUGGUGGCCAUCAUCCUGCUGCUAUUGCUCAUCAUCGCCCUCAUGCUCUGGAGGUUGCACUGGCGCCGGCUCCUCAGCAAGGCCGAACGUCGGGUGUUAGAAGAGGAGCUGACAGUUCAUCUCUCUGUCCCUGGGGACACCAUCCUCAUCAACAACCGCCCAGGCCCUCGAGAGCCACCCCCUUACCAGGAGCCUCGGCCUCGUGGGAAUCCACCCCACUCUGCUCCCAGUGCCCCAAAUGGCUCUGCGUUGCUGCUCUCCAAUCCGGCCUACCGCCUCCUUCUGGCCACUUACGCCCGUCCCCCUCGAGGCCCGGGCCCCCCCACUCCCGCCUGGGCCAAACCCACCAACACCCAGGCCUGCAAUGGGGACUAUAUGGAGCCCGAGAAGCCAACUGCACCUCUUUUGCCCCCUCCUCCCCAGAACAGCGUCCCCCAUUAUGCCGAGGCUGACAUUGUCACCCUGCAGGGUGUCACUGGGGGCAACACCUAUGCUGUGCCUGCACUGCCCCCAGGGGCAGUUGGGGAUGGGCCCCCCAGAGUGGAUUUCCCUCGAUCACGGCUCCGCUUCAAGGAGAAGCUUGGCGAGGGCCAGUUUGGGGAGGUGCACCUGUGUGAGGUAGAGAACCCUCAAGAUCUGGUCAGUCUUGAUUUCCCCCUUAAUGUGCGCAAGGGACACCCCUUGCUGGUAGCUGUCAAAAUCCUACGGCCAGAUGCCACCAAGAAUGCCAGGAAUGAUUUCCUGAAGGAGGUGAAGAUCAUGUCACGGCUAAAGGACCCCAACAUCAUCCGGCUCCUGGGUGUGUGUGUGCAGGAUGACCCCCUCUGCAUGAUUACUGAUUACAUGGAGAAUGGCGACCUGAACCAGUUCCUCAGUGCCCACCAGCUAGAGGACAAGGCAGCUGAGGGGGCUCCAGGGGAUGAGGAGGCUGCCCAGGGGCCCACCAUAAGCUACCCGAUGCUGUUGCAUGUGGCAGCCCAGAUUGCCUCGGGCAUGCGCUAUCUGGCCACACUCAACUUUGUGCAUCGGGACUUGGCCACGAGGAACUGCCUAGUUGGGGAAAAUUUCACUAUCAAAAUCGCCGACUUUGGCAUGAGCCGGAACCUCUAUGCUGGGGACUAUUACCGUGUGCAGGGCCGGGCAGUGCUGCCCAUCCGAUGGAUGGCCUGGGAGUGUAUCCUCAUGGGGAAAUUCACGACUGCAAGUGACGUGUGGGCCUUUGGGGUGACCCUGUGGGAGGUGCUGAUGCUCUGCCGGGCCCAGCCCUUUGGGCAGCUCACAGAUGAGCAAGUCAUCGAAAAUGCAGGGGAGUUCUUCAGGGACCAAGGCCGGCAGGUAUACCUGUCCCGGCCCCCUGCCUGCCCACAGAGCCUGUACGAGCUGAUGCUGCGCUGCUGGAGCCGGGAGCCCGAGCAGAGACCCCCAUUUUCCCAGCUGCAUCGGUUCCUGGCAGAGGAUGCACUCAACACAGUGUGAAUCCCAGCAACUGGCUGCCCUGCCCUCAGAGAGGAUACAGGGGAAGCAAAAAGAGACAAUGACACUCCUACUCCAUGCCCCCUCCCAUCACCUCUGAAUCCUGUGACCACAGGUGGACUAGGCCUGCCCAGGGAGUGAUGCCUUCCCUGCUCGGACAUGCCACCAUACCCCUCCCUGUUCCUACUCCCAUCUCCACUCCUAGAAGCCCCUGCCACCCACCCAGCUGGCCCUGUGGAUGGGAUCCUCUCUGACCUCUUCCAGCCAUCCCUUAGGGCACAGUGGGGGCAAAGACAGGGCAGACACUGGACAUGGCCCAUUGGGACACCUGGGCCCCACUGGACAACACUGGUUCCUGGAGAGAUGCUGUGGCCACCCCCCCAGCUUCUCUCUCUUUCCUGUCACACACUGGACAUCACUGGCUGAGAAUUUGGGGGGUGAGGAGGACAAGAAGGGGAGAGCCAUUCCCUGAUGCCCACUCCUGGAACUGUCCUCAGCUGUGGCUUCUCCCACCUCCUUCCCCUGAAACACUGGACCUGGGGGUGAUUGCUGCCCCCACACCCAUCAUCCCCACUUCCCUCCUGCCAUUUUGUAGCUAGUACUUCCCUAAGUCUGUACGUUUCUGUGGAAUAAAUACUGAGAUUGGGGGGAAAGAGGGAGCAAUGGCCUGUGGCCCUGGGUUUGGACAUCUCUAUUGUAGCUACCACAUUGGUUUUUCUAUAGUCACUUAUAGAGAGGGGGUUUGUACAUUUUCUGGGGGAGAGACACAGAUUUUUACACUAAUAUAUGGACCUAGCUUGAGGCAAUUUUAAUCCCCUGCUCUAGGCAGGUAAUAAUAAAGGUUGAGUUUUCCA